AUGCCGGGCUGCCGCAUCAGUGCCUGCGGCCCGGGGGCCCAGGAAGGGCCGGCAGAACCCGGGUCCCCGCCGCCGCCACCCCGGGAGUCCCUGCCAUCUCCCCAGCUCCCGCCGCCCCCAACUCCGACCUUGACCCCGGCGUCAUCGCAGCCCGAAGCGGCCCAGGGGUCUGCAGCAGGCGCGGCCGAGGGGCAGGAGCUGCAGCGCUGGCGCCAGGGCCCUAGCGCGGGCGCGGGGGUCACCGGGCCGGCAGGGAGCGCGAGCGGCGGCCCGGGCACAGCGGCGGCGGCGGGGCCGGGGGGUCGCGCGCUGGAGCUGGCCGAAGCAAGGAGGCGGCUGCUGGAGGUGGAGGGCCGCCGGCGCCUGGUGUCGGAGCUGGAAAGCCGCGUACUGCAGCUGCACCGGGUCUUCCUGGCGGCCGAGCUACGCCUGGCGCACCGCGCCGAGAGCCUGGGCCGCUUGAGCGGCGGCGUGGCGCAGGCCGAGCUCUACCUGGCAGCGCACGGGUCGCGCCUCAAGAAGGGCUCCCGCCGCGGCCGCCGGGGCCGCCCGCCAGCGCUGCUCGCCUCGGCGCUCGGCCUGGGUAGCUGCGUGCCCUGGGGAGCCGGGCGCCUGCGGCGAGGACACGGCCCAGAGCCCGAGUCGCCCUUCCGCCGCAGCCCGCCCCGCGGACCCGCCUCUCCCCAGCGCUGA